GUCGUGCUUGUGCAACGUGUCUCUCUCGAUGUAAAACCAAGAAAAUUUCUCCUCCAUUCAACUAUUCAAGUAUUAAACCCUCCAUUUCCUCGUUUUCACAUUCGCAUCCAAACACGCCCCAACACCACCAUGGCCACAAGAGUCUCCCCUCCCGUUGCCCUUCUCCUCUCCUCCCUCCUCUUCCUCCUCACCCUCUCACGCGCCCGCGAUCUCCCCAACCCUUUCUCCGAACCCAAACCUGACUCCGAACCUAAAACCGUUUCGUUCACGAUCGACACCAUCGAUCCCGUUCCGCUGACGCUCCUCCGCUUCCGUCCGAUCAACCGCCACUUCCAGCCCGGCCGUCCGUUGCCGCUGUCGCUCCGCACCGGCCACCGCCGUUGCCGCCACCGCCGCGAGAUCCCCUACGGCAACGACGCAAUCCUGGUCGGCGACGCCGCUGCCGCCAGUCGGAUCCAUCCGCGCUGGGUUAGGCUUCACUCCGCCGCCGAGACGCGGUUUCCGGCGACGGUGGAGAGGCAGGAUUCCGAUCACGAUCAUGAUCACGAGCACCACCACCAACACCACGGCGAGCGCCACCACCACCACCACCGCCACAAGGAGAGCUGGUUCGCGAAGAAGAUUCGCAAGUUCAUGAAGCUGUUCUGAUUUUGAUGUUGCAACGACGAACGACGAUGAUGCAUAUAUAUAUAUAGUAGUUAUAUAGAUAUGAAGGGUGAGUGUUUGUGUAAAUAAGUUUGCAUCUGAUAUAGAGAUGUAUGAUGUAUGUGUAAGUUUUGAUUAUUUUAUGUUGUUUAUGAGUUGUUAGGGAUGUUUUAUACUGUAGAAUAAUAUGGUGUUGAUCAUGAGUGAGUAGAGAAAUGUAACUUGCUGAUCCUAAUACUUGAUCUUGCUUCAUGUUGGGCUUUGUUGUUGGAUUGAUUUGGUGGCAAAGCCAUAGAUACUUACUCCUUAUCAAUAACAUCAUAACAAAAGAAUAAAUGUUGGGUUUUGUGUGAGAUA